GUUUUUCACAUCACCAAACAACUUCAUUACAACAACAGCACAAAAUGGCUGGUAAUAAGCUUAAUGUAGUACCACUCUUUCAAGUGAUGACAGUAGUGGUGGUGUGUAUGUUGGCCGAGGCUCCUGGUCGAGCAGAAGCUGCGACCAACAUAACAUGCGAGCAGGUGACAAACUGGCUGACACCGUGCAUAAGCUACGGUGUGUUCGGGGGAACAGUUUCCCCCGAGUGCUGCCAAGGGAUUAAAGAUCUAAUUGCUGCCAAGAGAACAAAAGAUGACAUGAGGGCAUCUUGUAGUUGCAUCCAGAAAGGUGCAGCUAUGAUCCCCGGGAUCGAUUAUGAUCGGAUUAACAAUAUUCCUACUUUAUGUGGCACUUCUUGUCAUUACAAAGUCUAUCCUUCCACCGAUUGCUCUAAGGUGGUUUGAUGAAUUAGCUUGCAUUAAUAUCAUAUCUGGGAGAUAGAGUUAUCAGCUCAAAUCUAGUCUUUUUAUGAAUAAGAAAUCAGAAAGUUGUAGAAUUAUUGUACAUGAAGUGCAAUGAUAAUUUGUGGUUUGAAUUCCAAAUAAUUAAUACUAAAGUUGUUAUCA